CGUUGUGCUUAUUUCGUCAAUCAUGUCCACCACAAAAGUCGCGGCGACCUGCUGGCUUCUGUUAGCAGUUUUACUAAUUCUGAUAUUUCCAAUGCAGAUAGCUCUAUCUACUACUGGUGUCAUUGUGCUCUCAUCAACAUUCAUUUUCGGUAUCUGGAAGAUCUAUUUGCGGCCUUUUUGGUUCAGUCCACUACGGCACCUACCCGAGCCCAAGGGAGGUACUCUGUUCAACGGCCAUGCGAAACUCGUUCCCAACGAGAGGUCGGGCAUGCCUCUCCAGGAAUGGAUCAAUGAGGUGCCAAACAAUGGUCUCAUUAGGUAUCGUAUGAUGUUUAACAAGGAAAUUAUUUUCGUGACGAGUCCAAAGGCAUUGUCGGAGGUCUUGGUUCAAAAAAACUAUGAUUUUUCCAAGCCGUACAAACUGCGGCAGGGACUAGGAAGGAUACUCGGAAUUGGGUUGAUUAUUGCGGAGGGCGAAGAACAUAAAAAGCAAAGAAAACUCUUGAUGCCGGCAUUUUUGCACCGACCCGUCAAGGAUCUAUAUCCAAUUUUCUGGGAAAAAUCAGUCUCAUUGGCCGCUGAACUGGAUGCAAAUAUCAAACGUGUUCCUGGAGAACCCAGUCAAGUUUUUGACGUUGCGGACUGGCUUGCUCGUACAACCUUGGAUAUACUGGGAGCUGCAGGCCUCGGGAGAGAGUUUGACACAUUACACAAUCCAGAGAAUGAAAUUGUCAGAGCAUAUCGGGGAGUUUUUGAGCAGAAGCCGCCGAAAAGUAUUUUUGGUAUUUUGGUUUUCCUUGCGAAACAGCAGACAAUGAAUCUUUUGAGCAUCAAGCCCAGAGAUAGUAUAACUACCGCUACAGAAGUCUUGACCGAUGUAUCUCGCCGCUUGAUUAAGGAUAAAAAGGAUGAGAGGACACAGAGCUCAAAAGAAAGUUUGGACGUAUCGGCCAGAAGAGAUAUUUUAUCCGUCGCGCUUGAUUCUGGUAACUUUACGGAUACAAUGUUAGAAAAUCAUCUCCUGACAUUUCUCGCUGCUGGACACGAGACGACCGCCACUUCAAUGACAUGGGCAUUGUAUGCGUUAUGCCUUUAUCCAGAAGUGCAACAGAGGCUCCGUGAAGAAGUGCGCUCAAAGCUACCUAUUAGAACAAUGCGCAAGGGGGGUGCAAUGCCCGUCACUGCAGAGUUGGUGGAUAGCCUUCCGUAUCUUCAUGCAGUGUGCAACGAAGUCUUCCGCAUCUAUCCACCUGCUGGUCUAACUCGAAGGGUAGCUGCGAAGGAUACAUCUAUCUUGGAUCAACAUAUUCCGCAAGGGACCGUGAUUGUAAUUUCGCCCCGUGCAGUCAACAUAUCCAAAGACCUUUGGGGUGAAGAUGCCUUAGUCUUCAAUCCCGAUCGAUGGAUGAAGCCAGGCCAGGCCAAUAGUGGGGGUGGAUUAACAAACUUUUCGUUCAUGACGUUUUUACAUGGCCCCCGCUCGUGCAUUGGGCAAGGAUUCGCUCGCGGAGAGUUCGCAUGUUUACUUGCUGCCCUGGUUGGGUCGUUCAAAAUGGAGCUGGAGGACAAUACAGCCGAAUUGGUGAUUGAGACAGGACUCACUUCCCGGCCGAAGGACGGACUAAGGGUACGGCUGCGGCCGAUACUUGUAUGA